AGUAGUGGGCAGGUACUCGAAGCUCGUGAUCUCCAAUCAGCCAGCAUGAUAACUGUCAAGACACCGUUUCCUUGUUGAAGUCAAGACUGCCAUGGAAUUUACUUCCUUCACUAAAACCAAUGGAGCGCCAAUUCAGUGAUCGUAGUAUGUCGAGCGACCCGUCCAUUUCGGUCACCGACGUUUACGACCAGGCUGCCGGAAUCGCUCAAGAAUUUGAUAAACUCAUAACGACGUACGGAAGUGAUGCCGUUACGGAUUUGAUGCCAAAAGUGAUCAAGGCUUUGGAACAAUUAGAGACACUCGCAAGUCGUUUUGAGACAGAGAGUGACGAGAUAAAUGGACUUCGGCUUCUUGUGGAUAAUUUAAAGGCAGAAAAAGCGGGCAAAGCUCAAGAAAGGGCAAGAUUUGAACAGGAGUUAGAGCAGAUUGAAGAGAACUGGCAAAGUGAAGUAAAGAAACUAUUAUGGGAUAUCAGUCGACUGCAGGACGAGAACCGGCGUCUCCGGGACAACCUCCAGGACCAGAAACAGGCCAUCGUGGACAAGGUCGUCCUUGAACAUAAACAGACGGAGGAACAGGAGAUCAAAGUGCUGACAAAGUUGAAAGACACAGUAGACAAACAGCGGGAGGAACUCCGCACACUGCGUCGCGAGAUGGAGCAGAAAGGAGUUGAUUGUGAGGCGCUGGGAGACCAGUUAGAGAGAGUUGCAAAGAUGAACUCUGACCUGCGUCGGAAGAACCAGACGCACAAGAAGCAGACGGCGGUGUUGCUGGACGAGCGGGCGGACAUCGAGGUACAGCUGAAGGGGAAGGAGGAGGAGGUGGAGAAGAUCAAGGAGAUCCUCAAGGAGCAGGAGAACAUGGACCAGCUCAAGCUGGCCCGGGACGUGCGCAGGAAGAGGAACGGCAUCCACGGGGACGAAGACGACGACGAAGAUGACGAGGCCGCGUCACAGGAAACGCUGGAGGAUAUUGCAAGCCGUCUCAACAACCAGGGUAAGAUGAUCAUUGACCUGACGGACCCCAACCGGCCACGCUUCACCAUGCAGGAACUCAGACAGGUGCUGAUGGAACGCAAUGAGCUCAAGACUAAGCUCAUCGAGGUGGAAGAGGAAUUGUCUGUGUACAAGCCAAAGACUUUCAAUGAUGACCUCAUAGAGGCGAGCGACGGUAGAGGAGAUGCGACGUCUUCAUAUCGGGGGGAGGAGGUGCUUGUGUACGGACCAAUCAACAGAGAGCCGGAAGAGAAGGUGCCAGGUGCCAAGCGGGAAGGAGGCAUUCGCAAAUUCUUUCAGACUUUAUUGGAUAACUUGAGCCUUCCACAACUGGAUUUGUAAUUUUCGGGUUUAUAUUUGGGGAUGGACCAUCACCAAGACAAGGCCAGCGACGCCAACGCAGUGCCACAUUCGCAAAAUGACCUCUGUGGGACCUCGAUACAAGCGACCUCUGUGAUGACCAGCCAGAUUCAGAAGAUGAACAGGAGCUCCGACAAAACUUCCUGUCUCCUGUUGCAUUUUGGGAAAGAAGCAGUUUAUAGCUUUUUCUUGUAUGGAGUAGGGACCAUAGCUAGUUUAAUACUCGUCCAUGUUUGAGUACACAUUUAAUUUAACCCAGGGAAUGGAAAUGUAGAAGUGUAUAAUUAAUAAGAUAUGUAUAAUGAUUACAAUCAUACAGAUAUGGACAUUUUAUAUGAUGCGUUUAUGUUUUAUUUUUAUACUGUGUAUAUGUAUAUUGUGUAUAUUUUACCAGUUGUACAGUACGACAUAAUUGUCUGUUUAACUACUGAUGUCAUUCAAGUGCUUGAUUGUCCAGUCAUAUCUGUACUCUGAUUGGCUAGAACAUAACAUUGAAAUAACUACAGGUCUAAACACAAAGUUAAUUCAUAAUCAUUACAGUAUAAACAAUUUACGAUCUUUUAAAUUUAUGAGAGACAAUUUAGAGUGGAAGAUUUACAUGUAAUUACAGUGUGAAAAAUUUAUUUGAAAUAAUGUCAAUGAAUUUAAUAACCAUAAUCAUAAUAAUAGUACAAUUAUACAGUCAACCAAGCAGUGUAUUCUCAGCUUCCUGGGGAGUAUCCCAGCUCUGAACCUUGACACAAAUAACCUGAAUACAACUUAUGGAAUCUGGUUACAAAUGUGACUGGGUGUUACUGCACGGAUUGACUUUCUAUUUCAACUUGGAGCAUGAAUAGGUUACGACAUCAUUUCGUCAGACUCCAGACAUCAAUACUCAAUGAAACUGAUGGAGAUGAGGCAAAUGUAUAGGGACAAGCAAGAACUAUUUCGCACACUUUGUGAGGUAAUUGUCAGCAUUAAUUCGUUUAAAAAUAGCUCAAACUAGUUUUCUGAUUGUGAUAUGGAAAAACAUUCCGUACUGAUCUCGCCAAAGAUGUGUGUCUCACAUGACACAAACACUGCAUAUCUUGGCAUUGUUAUAACUAAGUUUUGCAUCAUGAUAAACAAUGUCAUGCAAUUUUAAAUUAAUUUUACGAACUGACUACUUGAAACAGACACUGCAUGCAUGAUAUUGAUCUCUUGAAUGAAUGAUGUACACUUCAGCUGAUAGAUAAUUAAAUAAUCAGUAUUGACAUGAUCAAGUAAUUUUAGCUGUUGUCGAUGCUUUUAAUCGAGUAUUCAAUUAUUAUUAUGUGCGUAUUAUAGUCAGGUGAUUCUACUUACUUAGACUGCAAUAUUACAACCAUGUUUAAGUCAUGGUUUGGUUUGCCAACUCUCUCAUCUUGCCUGUGUAGUGAUAAUUAUUUCAAUAAUAUUGUGCAAUAACAAUAAUGAAAGAAACAUUCCACUGAAUUUUCUUACAAAGUACAAUUAGACAUGUUUGUAUCAAUAACAUACCUGAAUCAACCCAUCCUGAAACUUGGAAUUGUUCCUGGAUGUUUUGUUCGAGAACAAGAAGGUAUCGCUUGUAUUGAGGAAAAUAGCAUCCCUGUUGCUGUCAUGGUGAUGUGCUGUCCCCAACAGAAUCAUCAAGAGAAAAACAAAGAUGGAUGCUUCAUUGUCGGAAGUGUUAUAUCAAAGAUGCUGGCAGUGUAUUAAUGGUAUAAAAUGAUGAAUGUAUGGUUCAAGCUAAAAGUAGGAUUCAUCAGGUGAAAUAGUGGCGGAAAGAGAAAACAGUUGAUCAUGAGGCUAGUGCUUGAACAGCCGCUGUAGCGUGACAUAUAUAUAUAUAAUGGUUGGGCUUCCUCGGCCCAGCUAAAGGGGCUCUGUGAGUGUCAUCAGACACGUCCAGUGUUCCAUAUUAAAGUACCUCAAUCCCAAGUCUGUCGUACAGACCCUGAUACAAAUAUAUAUCAGUAUCUGAAAAUGAAGAGUCUCUGGGUUCCCUUUUAUUAUAUUUUUAUUAAGAUAAUUGAACAAGUUUUUUUCUGUACGAUAUGUUCAUUUCAGAGACUAGAUGUUAGUCUACUCAAUCCCUGUUGUCUGAAGCUGUUGCCAAGAGCAGGUAACUCAUGGCAACUUGGCUGCAGAUCAGGGGCCAAAGUGGUUAUUACCUUUUGUAUAUUUAUCGGCGAUGUUGCAGUAAAAACUCACCGUAUUAUAUAUAUUAUUACUCAAUUUAUGUUUGGGACAUUCCAGUUGGGAAGUCUGUAUGAUGCAAUUAUGAUGAAUAUUUGAUAUUGCCAUGGAACUGAAGAUAUUCAGCUUGUUUCAAAUGAGAAGUGACAUAUGUAGACAUUUCGAUAAGCUGUCCUCAAAGUUUUGCAGCUGUAUUAAAUAUCCCAGCAUUCCUGUCAUAGUUGAGUACUAUAGCGUUCACACUCAGAGAGCUCCUUUAUAGCAUUGAAGUGGAUUUAGGACAAUGUGAGGUAACAAUUGCCAGCUAUUUAGUACUUGGUGCUAUUGACCAUCAUGCCAUGCUCCACCUGUAUCAAACUCAAGUCUGACAGUGAGGGUGUUAAAUCUGAAAACGCUUGCAUUGUUUUGUGUUGUGGUGUAGCCAUUUGUGAUUUUUAGUAACCAUGGUUACAGUAAAAUGGAAUUCAUUUUUUGUGAAAAACAGAUUUCUGAAAGUUUUACAAAUGAUUUUCAGUUCUCCAAUUUGGAAAAAAAUAAUUUUUUGUUAUACAGAAGGGAGAAUAUUUUUUAAUAGUGGAACCACAUUAAAGUAUACUAUUUCCUCCUGGUACAGAUGUGUAGGACUGUUUCAGAUUAUUCAGUUGUAUUCUUUUAGCUGAUGAUUGUCAUCCAUAGACGUCUCGGAGCCAAAUCUGUAUGAUUAAUGUUGCCACUACAUGCAACAGUAUGUUAUUACGUGUCUCUCUGUUACCAUGGAAACAGUCAUCAUGGCCUUAGAUUCAUGUCAUUAUGAACCAAUAAUGUUAGCAUCUCACAUUCGAAUAUUCUUUUGGGAAACUUUUGACCCAUUUUAUUAAUAAAGAAUUAACAAUGAUUGAUUUGGUAAUGAUAAUUUUUUCUGACUAAUAAUGAAUGAGACUAUUUAAAAUAUUAGUAUCUGGCGAAUAGACAGCAAUGCAUAGAGAUAUGUUUAGUGGAGAAGAUGACUUAAUUCCUGUGUCCUCGUAUAUGAAAUGAGUUGUGAAAUAUAUCCACAUGCAGUAAUUUUGUUCUUAUGAAAAUCAAUGAAAGCAUGCCGGUCUGGUGUGGUUGAAAAACCCUCCCACGUGGGUAUAAUCCUAAGGGAGACAACUGAAAGCUGUUAUCAGUUGCAGCCCACUAAAGUAAUGAGUCAUCCGUGAAAUCCAGUGUCUCAUCAAGUCUCAAAAAGUGAAAACAGCACGAGUACUUUUUGCCUUGGAAAGAUUGUUUUGAAUUCCAAAUUGAAUUCUUCUGUGUAAUUUGGUGAUAUUUUGUGUGAAUCAAACAUACGCUUCACAACUUUGAAUAAGAAUAUUCCUUGUGUUCCAAAACGGGAAUGAUUGUCUCUCAUUGGAUAUGUUGUCAUUCAAAUAAUAUUUGAUAUUCUCAUGAAACUUCAAAUUUGAGCUUUAUUUCAAAUUAGAAUAAACAUUACCAAAUAUUUCCACAAAAUCAAACAAAUCGGUAUCCGUGUAUAAAGUGGAGUAGUAUGGGAGAAGAAAUGGCAGCCUGAUGGCCGAGUUUAGUAUACUUCAGUUAACAGAGUUAACAAUGCAAAUGAGAUGUCAUGUUCCACAGUUAGCUAAACAGAUGUCUUGUAGACCGUGUUGAGCUCAGAAUGGGGAAAUAUUCCACCCUGGGAACUUAUUGAUGACAUUACAUUUCAAUGCAGUAUAUUUAAGUCAAUCUUGUUUUUCCCAAGAGAACAUCAACUCAUUAGAACAAGAAUAUCAAUCAUAUUUUUUUGGAAAAAAAAUGAUUUUAUACAUAUUUUUAUUGAAACUUUUUUUUAAAUUUCUGCAGUUUACUUCAAAAUUGAUGUCCCAGACUUUCAUAUUGUCUUACCAUGUGGGUCAGAGGUCAUGUUAGUCACAUGACAUAGGAGAUAAUGUGCCACAAUAUAAACAUGAAUUGAUGACCAAGUGUGGGCGCUCCACAAAUCACAUUAAAAUCAGAUCUUUAACUCCAAUAUGAUACUUCUCUGCAUGAAGAUCUGACGACAUCAUCAUAAGUCAUGGCGGGGAAUACAGGAUGUAUAAAAUAUCCACAAUAUGAUCGGCUAUACCGUAUUCAAUGUAAUAAGCCCCCCGCUCUAAUGAUAUUUGCUAAUAUAUUGGCUAGUGAACAAUCCCAAUAAGCACCCCUUCCGAUUGAUCA